AUGGCCACCACUGCAGUGACCACGCGAGCAUACCCAAAGCGCAAGAGAGCUGAAAUCUCAUACCACGAGAGCAGCUCUGAUGAGGUAGAAGUAGACGACGAGUACGCUGCCUCAGAUGAGAAACUCACGGCGAGGUCAAGAAAGAAGCUCAAAUCUAGCCAUACCGCUGUCUCCACCAAGACCCUCCCCAAACGCAACAUCUUCCCAUUCACAUCGCUCCCAGCAGAGCUCAAGAAUCAAAUCUACGCUCUAUCCCUCAUAGAUCCAGACGGAAUUUUUCUUAUCUCAAAGACCAAACAAUAUCGCCGCACCAUCCAACGCUCAGUCCCCUACACCGUCAACUCAAGCGGCUAUUACCGCAGAAGUCGCGCCUACCGAUACCAGCCACAAUCACUUCCAUUGAACACCUCCCCAGCUGCCACCAUACCCGUCCUCACGCCCAAUGUUCUCCUUCUCAACCGCGCAAUCUAUGCCGAAGCCCAACCCAUCCUCUACGCCGGCAACACCUUCGCUGUUGAAGACACCACGGCCAUGCACGCAUUCCUCGCCACCAUUGGCCCCAAGAAUCGCGCCACCCUCACUGACCUCACCAUCAAAGGCUGGGGCUAUACGAAAGCUCACAAAGCGCUCAACCACCCUGCCUUCACCUUGCUGGCCGGCGCCGUGAACCUCACACGCUUGCACAUCGACUGCCAGAUCAUGUGGGGUGGACCGAAGAGGAUUGCCAAGCAGCUGUAUCGCGAUGGAUUCCAUUGGCUUGAAGCGGUGGGUGCGACGAAAGGGAGGGUUGAUGCUGCAAUUGAACUUAUUGAGAUCUCGGAGGGCAUUCUGACUACUAGUUAUGGGUAUAUAAGAAGUCAAAGCGAUGAUGUGAGCGCGGAAGAGGCGAUGGAGGAGUUUAGGGCCGCGCUGCGAAGGAUGUUGCACUGA